CGGAACAUCAACUCAACUUCCGACUUCUUAACCACCGGCCCGGCCCCACAAUAUUGAACUCUCCCGACUACACUAGCGAUCCGGCAUGCGAGCUGCCUGGUGUAGGGGUAUGGAACUUGUAUCAUGGAGUCAAAAUCACCUGUAAUUAGCAUAAAACUUUCUUGAGAAUCACCCCCUCGCGGCACCAAUGAGCAGUGCAGAGGAACCUCUCAUUUCGCGGAGUUUCCUCUCGGGCGAGGAACAGCGGGAAGACACCCAUGGCGAAUUGAACGAUGGCACCGACGCAGCCCACGAAGACAAUGCCACUGACGCAAUCGCUCCCGACCAUCCCCUCUCCUCACCUUCGGACCCCGCCCUCUUCAUCUACCUCCUGACCCUCUCAGCAGGCCUCUCGGGUCUUCUCUUCGGCUACGACACGGGCGUAAUCUCAGGGACCCUCGUCUCCCUCGGCACCUCGCUCUCCUCGCGACCCCUCACCGCGCUCGACAAAUCCAUCAUCACCUCCUCCACCUCCCUCCUCGCCCUCCUCAUCUCGCCCUUCUCCUCACUACUAGCCGACCACCCCUCUCUCGGCCGCCGACGCGUCAUCCUAUGGGCGGACGCGCUGUUCGCCCUGGGCGCUCUGAUCCAGUCCGCCAGCGGCACCGUGCCCGCCAUGGUCCUGGGCCGCGCCGUCGUGGGCAUGGCCGUCGGCACCGCCAGCUUCGUGGUCCCGCUGUACCUCGCCGAGCUCGCUCCCUCGCAGCUUCGCGGGAGGUUGGUCACCAUGAACGUGUUCUGCAUCACCCUGGGCCAGGUCGUUGCCUACCUGGUUGGCUGGGGAUUCGGGGCGUACGGCGACCCGCGCACGGCGUGGAGGUGGAUGGUCGGGCUUGGCGCCGCGCCGGCGCUGCUGCAGGGGGUGCUCAUGGGGUUGUUUAUGCCUGAGACGCCGAGGUGGUUGGUUAUGGUUGGGAAGGAGGCGGAGGCGAGGGAGGUUGUUGAGAGGAUUCUGGGGAACGGGAAAGAAUGGAAGAGAGAGGUGGACGCUACAGUGAAGGGGAUUGAGAUCGAAGUGAGGGAAGAGAGUCAGGCGAGGAUGCUGCGCGGGAGGUCAGGGGUUGGGAAGGGUGCGUGGGUGGAUUUGGCGGGGGAGUUGUUUGGAGUGAGGAGGAACCGUCGCGCUCUGGCGAUUGCUUGUUUACUUCAGGGGUUGCAACAGUUGUGCGGCUUUAACUCGCUCAUGUAUUUCUCGGCUACAAUAUUCACGAUGCUCGGGUUUCCAGUCCCGACGCUCACGUCGCUGGUCGUGGCGGUCACCAACUGCGUCUUCACUGUCAUUGCGCUCUUCUUAAUCGACCGCCUGGGGAGAAGGCGCAUCCUCCUCUGGUCCAUCCCCUUCAUGGUGGCCGGUCUUCUGCUCGCGGGAUACGGCUUCUCGUUCAUCAAACUUAGCUCGGCUGAUUCAGCGAGGAGCAGCGCCGGCCCCAGCCAGAACGCAGCAAUCAUCAUCCUUGUCAGCAUCAUGGUUUACGUAGCUGGCUACGCCAUUGGACUUGGCAACGUUCCCUGGAUGCAGAGCGAACUGUUUGCUCUGAAUGUGCGGUCUUUGGGAAGCGGCAUUGCCACGGCAACCAACUGGGGAGCAAACUUUGUCAUUGGCCUGACUUUCCUUCUUUUGAUGGACGCGCUGACACCGCCGUGGACUUUCGUGCUCUACGCUGGGAUAUGCAUCGCUGGCUACGGCCUGAUCUGGAAGUUCUACCCUGAGACGGCAGGGCUGAGUCUAGAAGAUGCGGCGACGCUUCUAGAGGACGACAACUGGGGCGUGCGAUGAGGUUGGCUUUUCAUCUUGGUGGGUCGAACUGUACACUGCACUUUUAGUGCAGCCAUUGCGGGCCGCGAAGAUAAGCUUUUUCUUUUUAUGGCCGUUGAAUCGUGCCGAGGCACGGAACGCAAGCAACCGGCUAAGAUAGCGGAACGGAGAGGUCCAUGAACGAGGGUAUUCCCGGCCAUCAACGGCAAUCUGCGGGUUAACAUUAGUGAAAUCGAAGAAAAAAAAUUCUGAACCUGACACCUCGGUUGCCCUUGGUGGUCGAGAAAGGGGGAUAAUGAAGUGAAAAUUCGAUCGAUGGAAGUUUCGAUGACCCACAGGCCACAUUCGGCAAGUGUUUCCG